AUUCAUCGUGACAUUUGGCCCCAUACUUUCAUUUCUUCCUUCUGUCAGAUAAUUUCAGACCUUUGUUUCAAUGGAUUCAUCUUCCUCCUCCAAAGUUGCCUUGGAUCUCUCUCCCAUGCUCAAAAUAUACGAAGAUGGCCAUGUAGAGAGACUCUUAGGCAACGAAACUGUCCCUCCCUCUCUCGAUCCCAAAACCCAAGUCCAAUCCAAAGACGUUCUCUAUUGCCCACAGCAUAAUCUCUCUUCAAGACUUUACCUUCCAAAACCCUCAACUCCAAACAAGAAACUUCCUUUACUGGUUUAUUUUCAUGGCGGUGGCUUCUUCAUCGAAACCGCCUUUUCUCCUACUUACCAUAACUACCUCAACCAAUUAGUUGCAGAAGCUAAUAUCAUAGUAGUCUCCGUUGACUAUAGGAGGGCGCCGGAGCAUCAUCUUCCGGCAGCAUAUGAUGAUUCUUGGACUGCCCUUAAAUGGGUUGCUUCUCAUUUUAAUGGUAAUGGCCCUGAAACUUGGCUAAAUGAAUAUGCUGAUCUUGGUAAGGUUUUUCUUGCAGGAGAUAGUGCUGGUGCCAACAUAGCCCAUCAUAUGGGUAUUAGAUAUGGGCAAGACAAAAUUCCUGGUAUUAAUAUUUUAGGUAUUGUUUUAAUACAUCCUUAUUUUUGGGGAAAGGAGGCUGUUGGUGAUGAGCCUAAGAUCUUGGAGAUGAGAUCAAAGGUUGAAGGGUUCUGGACUUUUGCGAAUCCAACAUCGAGUGGAGUAGAUGACCCUUUGAUCAAUCCAUGUGUAGACCAAAAUUUGGGAAAGAUUGGGUGUAGGAAGGUGCUUGUCACUGUUGCAGAGAAUGACAUUUUGAAAAGUAGAGGUUGGUAUUAUUACGAGAAGUUGAAAGCUAGUGGGUGGGAAGGAGAAGCGGAGAUUAUGGAGGCUAAAGAUGAGAAUCAUGUGUUUCAUUUGUUCAAUCCCAGUUGUGAGAAUGCUUUUGCUAUGCUCAAAAAGGUUUCUUCUUUCUUGAAUCAAGCCAAUUAAGGCCUCAACGAGGAUGCACUUUAUCAUUUUAAAAUUAUGUUAUCAUGUCCUUUUGAAUAAUACUCUUGUAACGUUGUUAUGUAAUCAAUCAUAUCGUUUAUGAAAUGCCGAUCCCUUUAUUUUGACCAAAAAAA